AUGGAUUUCCUCCGCGCUUAUCUCCUGGGCACCGUUCUCUUCGGAGUGGCCAAAGCUUUUACGCAUGAGGAUAUGAAGGACGCACUGCUGCAGAAACUGGGGUUGGAGGAAGUUCCAAAGAUCCAUAAGAGGGAUUUGGAGAAUCUGGUUAUUCCGGCGCAUAUCAAGAAUAAGUACUUGUCCAUGCUGAAGAUGCACCACAGCAGAAGGCGCAGAUCCUUACCCAGUUUGGCGGGCAUCCUGAGAGGAAUCCCUGGCAAUGCAGAUAUUUCUGGAGAGUAUGUGUACUCUGAUGCCACCCGGCAUCGCAUGGUGUUCGACAUGGAGGCGAGGAUCCCGGAUAACAGCGAGGUGACCAUGGCGGAGCUGAAGCUCUACCAGCGCGCUUCCUACACCAAACGCUUCACCAUGGAGAGGAGGCACCACCGGCCCGUGAACAACGCCAGGGUGAGCAUCUACUGGGUGGAGGUGCUGCCCAACGGAUCCAACCGGACGUCGCUGAUAGACUCCCGGUUGAUCCCCAUUCACGAAACGGGCUGGAAGAGCUUUGAUGUCACCCAGGCGGUGCACUAUUGGUCCAAGACGCAGCAGAAGACACCUAUGCACCUGGAGGUGUGGAUCGAGGGCGAGAGACCCGGCAGCUACGCGGCAGAGAUGGCCAAGAGUGUCCGCUUUACCACCCAGGAGCAGACGGACAACACCUUGGGGAAGCCCGAGCUCAUCCUCUACACACUCAACCUCGAAGAGUACGGCUCUCGUGGAGACUGCGACGUCCACCAGAACAAAGACACCUGCUGCAGAGAACAGUACUUCAUCAACUUUCGCUCGCUCACCUGGACUCAGUACUGGAUCAUUGAGCCAGCAGGUUACCAGGCCUUCAGGUGCACCGGAGGUUGCAAGCAGCCGAAACGCAACUACGGCUACGGAGAGCGGCGCUGCACGGUGUCCGAAAGUGCACCGCUGCCCAUCAUGUACCUGGUGAAGAAGGGAGACUACACCGAGAUCGAGGUGGCUGAGUUCCCCAACAUGAUAGUGGAGAGGUGUGCGUGCACAUUGGACAACGUCUCCAUAGUAUGAAGUCAA